AUGAACAACGGGAUGCGGCUCCCAUCCUCAUACCGACAGGCAGAUGACUCUCUCAAGACGAGUGCGAAUGAUCUUCGCACUCUUCUAGAAAGCAGUUUGCCGAGGAAUCUCCUCGAAGACCUUUUCCCACUGAAUCGCUAUUCUUACUGGGAGGAUGGCCGAGAUGGAUCUUUGAGUGGGCAUUGGGCAUGUUCAGAUCAUCUGUACCUCGGAUCCACCUGCCAGAUUUCCGUCAUUGUCGAUAUUGCCUUCCACCGGGCCACCGCCUCGUCGUCCCACCCAAGCUCUUCCUCUCUAAAUGACAACUACACCCCUCUCCAUAUCUUCCUCUCCUAA